AUGGCCUCCCACCGACGCCAGCACAGGGCGCCCGCCAUUGAUUGGGAUAAUGUGGAAGGUAUUUUCCUGCGCAACAUCCCGGCAAAGUGCGACGAAGGGAUUUUACGCACAUUCCUCGAGUCCAAGGGGCUGGUCGAUUUUGACAUGGAGAUGGCACUCUUUCCGAACGGCAAGUCGCGUGGAUUUGCGACUAUCAUCUGUCGCGACAGGUCUGGCGUACAGGAUUUCGUCCGCAACGUGCACGGCCAGUUCGUUCCCGGCUUUCACAAGCCAACAGCCCUAAGGUGUGAACCGUUGAGAAGCCGCGAACAGCCCGGCCCGCCGGUUCGACUCCCGCAGACUGCUGCACAUCGCCUUGGCGACCGGCCCACGCCGCCACUGCAAUCUGCUGGUUAUGAAGGGCCAUUCAGCGUUCUCAGCGGCAUCACGGCAAGGAAAGGUGAAUCCCAGAAUGCGAAGGGGAAAGCCUCGAAGGCUUCGAGCGAAGCCCAAGGCACAGCCGCAGCUGGGGCGCGAGUCGUGGCAAAAUCGACUCCCGUGGAAGCCGGCUGCAGCAGCCAGGAUCGCAUCGUCCGGGGCAUGCCGGCCAUCGCCGUGGUGCAAAAUUCCGAUGGCACGAUCAGUUUCCGGCUGUAG